AUGGCCACGCCAACGGGCAAUGAUGCCAACCUCACGGGCAAGAAACUAAAUGUCCUAGUCUACUCCGGUUCGCUUACCCAUUCCGCCUGGCAACUCAGCCGCUUUCUGACCGACAAUGGCCCGACAGGAACUGGAACCACCGUUGACUCGGUCCGCCACUGCAUUUACACCCUGCGCCGCCUACUUGCCCCCCACUACGCCGUCACCCCCGUGACGGGAGAUAUGCUUCUGAAGGAGCCAUGGACGGCAACAUGUGCUCUUCUCGUCAUCCCUGGGGGGGCAGAUCUGGGCUACGGGCGCACCCUCAAUGGCGCGGGGAACCGGCGCAUUACGCAGUUCGUGCGCCGAGGUGGAAAAUACUUGGGCCUUUGCGCGGGCGGCUACUAUGGAUGCAAACGAUGCGAAUUUGAGGUCGGUGAUAAGACGAUGGAAGUGAUUGGAGACCGAGAACUGGCCUUUUUCCCGGGCACUUGCCGAGGCGGUGCGUUCCCGGGAUUUGUUUAUCAUAGCGAGGCCGGCGCAAGAGCGGCUCAACUUGAUGUCCAGAAGGAGUCGUUGAGUGCUGGUGCGGUGCCGACGCAUUUCCGAUCAUACUAUAACGGAGGAGGCGUUUUUGUGGAUGCUUCGCUGUACAAAGACCAGGGUGUUGAAGUGCUGGCCAGCUAUACCGAAAAGCUCAAUGUCGACCCUGGUGAGGGUUCGGCUGCAGUGGUCUAUUGCAAAGUCGGUGAAGGAGCGGCUAUUUUGACAGGGCCACAUCCUGAGUUUGCCGCAGUGAAUCUCGAUCCCAAUGCCAAUGGCCCCGAUUAUGCCGAUGUUGUGGCCGCAUUGGCCGCCGACGACAAAGAGCGUACAGACUUCCUAAAGGCAUGUCUGUCUAAACUUGGGCUACAAGUUACCCAGGACUCCACGACCGUACCUUCUUUGUCGUCAUUACAUAUGUCUGGUAUUGAUGCAGAGGGUCCUAUUGAGAUCCUAUCCUCCCUUGCCCCGGCCUUAACCCGCGAGAACCAUAACGAGUACCUGAAAGAUGAAAAUGAUACGUUCCGUAUCGAAAGACCUGGCACAUGGAAUCUGGACGAUCUCAAGGAAUCGCUUCCAAGCGAUUCAUCCGCCACUAGCGACGGUAUUGUUGACUACAAGACAAUUAUUAAACGACUUGUGAUCCAUGACGAUCUCCCCUCUUCAAAGCUAACACCCUACUUCAAUCACCAUGCAUUCUACGCCAACCUUCGACAAUACCAGUCUGAGUCCAAGGAGGGAGCAUCCGAGUUUGGGUCGAAUCUCUUGUACGGCGAGGUCGUGACAAGUACUAACACUAUAAUGGAAAAGAAUACACAGUUACUUCGCCAACUUCCGCAUGGGUUCACUGCUACAGCGACCGUUCAAGUUGCUGGACGGGGCCGAGGUUCUAAUGUCUGGAUCUCACCAGCAGGUGCCUUGAUCUUCUCAACAGUCGUUCGCCACCCGAUCGACAAGAUCCAGUCUGCGCCGGUCGUAUUCCUCCAAUACCUCGCCGCCAUGGCCGUCGUCAAGGGAAUCAAAAGUUACUCCAAGGGCUACGAGAACCUCCCAGUCAAGAUGAAAUGGCCAAAUGAUAUCUAUGCCCUUGAUCCGGAGGACCCCGAGCAGAAGCGUUACACCAAGAUUUGUGGCAUUCUUAUCAACUCUCACUUCAUGUCAAAUGAAUACAUCUCCGUCGUCGGCAUCGGCGUCAAUGCAACGAAUGCCUCCCCCACCACUGCCCUAACAGCUCUUGCUGCACGUUAUGCUUCCCCGGGAGCGGCUGCUGCAUCCCCUGUGACGCUUGAGAAGCUUUUGGCCCGUAUUCUAACAACAUUCGAAGAUCUUUACACUCGGUUCCUUCGUACCGGUUUUGAUCGCGGCUUUGAGGCUAUGUACUACGAGGACUGGCUACAUAUGCACCAGAUCGUCACCUUGGAAGAGGAGGGCGGUGCCCGUGCUCGCAUUCAAGGGAUCACUCGGGAUUAUGGCUUGUUACUUGCAGAAGAACUUGGAUGGAAUGAACGACCCACUGGGCGGGUCUGGCAACUGCAGAGCGAUAGCAACAGUUUUGACUUUUUCAAAGGUCUGGUGAGGCGGAAGGUUUAG